AUGUCGCGCUGCUUUCCAUUUCCACCACUAGGGUAUGAAAAGAAGACUAGAACGGAUGAGGAAAUCAAGCCUGAUAAGAAGGAUGUCUUUGUCGAUAAUAAAAUUAUCAAACAGUAUACUGGUAAUAAUGGGGAGAUGGUUAGAGAGAUUAAUCAUCUGGCUAAGGAGAACAAGGAUUCUAAAUUCCUCCUGGAGUUUGAGAGGAUAAUUAAGGAGGGUAAUGGAGCGGCUGGUAAUCAAUUGGUUCAGAAGUUUACAAAUUCAGACCAUAGAAAAGAUGAGGGGACUGUUAGGUUGUUGGCUAGGAAUAGUGGCACCUUGCGCGAUGACAGUGAAAAGCUCAAGGACAAGGGUUUUUAUGCUAAGAAGAUUGAGGGGAAAGGAAUUAAUGCCCAGGUACGGCCUUUUGGAAAUGCAACAGUUCAGAACCACACCGGCAAUUUUCAUCCUAAAGCUGAUGGAGUGCCCAAACUUUUGGGGAAGUAUAUGGAUAGGAAUUUGGAAGCAACAGUUGGGGGAAAAGAAAAGCGUCUCUAUCAAGUUCACGGAAACAUCAAUAUUUCACAGAAGCGAAGCAAAUUCGGAAAUGCAAAAAGAACAGAGAAGAAGAAAGAGAAAGAUAUCAUAAGAGCUUACCCGACCUGUUUCUUGAAGGAUUCUCUGGAUUCUUAUUCCGAUUAUCAGCAAUCAACGAAACACCGUCGGAGCGUCUCCGACCGCUUGCUCGACGUGCACUCCUUGAUUUUUCAGUACUUUCGAUUCGCUCUUUACGACUUGCUCACUUUGGUAGCCUCGGCUGCUACUCUUACACUUCUCUUCAAUUUAUUGUAA